AUGGAUUGGCAAGGGCAAAAAUUGACGGAGCAGCUGAUGCAGAUCCUGCUCUUAAUCUUCGGUGUCAUCGCAAUUGUUGCGGGAUAUCCAAUGGGAUCUUUUAGGAUGAUGAUGCUGAUCUAUGCAGGUGGUGUGGUUCUCACCACUCUGAUCACCGUUCCUAACUGGCCGUUCUUCAAUCGUCACCCUCUCAAGUGGUUGGACCCGAGUGAGGCUGAGAAGCAUCCCCGACCACAA